GUUCUUAAAGCAAACGAAAAUAAGGUUUUUGCGGUGCGAGAGGAAUUAAGAGGAAAACAGCAACUACCGUAAGGUCCUACAGGUGUUAGAAUGGUCUCUACGGUCACGAACACCGACGUGAAGCAGAAAGAUGUGGACCAGGCGGUGGUUGUUGCUGUGACUUUUGCUGCAGUUUUUGAGCCAGAAACUGAAGAUGGCAGCAGUAUUUACAGGUUGGGUGUGGCUCUUCCAUUGGUGCAGGUUCUGCAGAGAGUGAAUGAGCGUCUGCUGGAGAAAAAUCCAGCUGAACAUCAGCUGUUUGACGUCAUCUUGAUCACUACGGAAAGCUGGCAGCAACAGCAGAAUUCCAGCAUCAUUAACAGCACCAGACAUCACGGUCUAGAAGUCGGCAGGUUCUGCUUUUCAACAGAGGAGGACUACAUCGAGAGUCUCAUGCAAAAUAAUGUUCAGCUCUUCCUUACAACAGAUGGAAACGAAGCAUUGCAAGCAACACAGCAGGGUGUUCCCUCAGCACUGCUGGAUACGAACUGGGUUUCCUGUCCAUCAGAACAGCUCAGAGUUUUAUUCUGUGAGAAAGCCAUCUUCCAACUCAACAUGGGUUCAACAGAAGCAAGCAAAAAAUCUGCUCAGAACUUUUUAGCUCAUUUAGGCCAGAUGAAGCAGAAGUUUGGUGUGUUUGACAGCCCUCUUUGCUUCACUCUCGUAACAUCACAUGGUGGCAAAGACAACUGCUGCUGUGCCCUAAAAUCCCUUCGGUCUCUGGGAGUCAGCGUGGAUGAAGCAUACUGCCUGGGUGGGGCCCCGCGUGGCCCCAUCCUGUCGCUGCUCCGACCUCACUUUCUGCUCAGCGAUGGAUUCAGCCUACUGGAGGGCUGAUUGCCUCUUUACUUGGAUGUCACAGAAACUUCAAGAACAUUUUGUGAAUAUCACUUAACUCAACAUUAGACAGUCAGUGAAAUCUGGAAAGCUAUAUAAAUGCAAAGGAGGCUCAACACAGCUGAACCGUGUUGCUUGAUAAAACCUGAACCUCCACUCUGAAUAAAGGAUGGCUGUGAUGCUACUCUGUUUGCAUCA